AGAUUGGCUCGUGUUCUUCGCACUCACUGCAAGAACAGAUUAAGAAAAAAAAACACACACACACACACACAAGCUAGUCUUGCUGCAAUGGCUUCUAGUGUGAGCUUCAUGGCCACGGCCAUGGCGAUGGCGUGCGUUCUGCUCGCCGCCAGCAGCAGCAGAACGUGCUACGCCGCCCGCAUGUUGGCCGACACGCCGGCGACGGCGGCGGCGGCGGCCGCGCCUCCCGCCGCCCUCCCUGUCCUCCCCGCCGUGCCGGCGCUGCCCACCACUCUGCCGCCCAUGCCGGCCAUCCCGGCCGUGCCACAGGCGGCGCUGCCGCCGAUGCCCGCCGUGCCCACCGUGCCCGCGGUCGUCCCUAACGCGGCGGCGCUGCCGCCGAUGCCCGCUGUCCCGGCCAUCCCGGCGGUGCCGAAGGUGUCGUUGCCACCGAUGCCCGCCGUGCCGGCGGUGACGCUGCCGCCGAUGCCCGCCGGCAUCCCCGCCGUGCCGGCGGUGACGCUGCCGCCGAUGCCGUCCAUCCCGACCGUGAACGUGCCCAUGCCGUUCCAGGCGCCGCCUCCAUCGGCGUAGGCAGCGCGGCGAACUCGCCGUGUACGUCCACGGCGGCGGCGGCGGCGGUUGCCGGCGCCAGUAGGUAAACUGAGAGAUUUUUCAUGUGAAAUUUCUCAAUGUUUGUGUGAGUGUGUUGAUUUAAUUUCAUACUUGAGUUUGAAUUUUAUGCAUGUGAUGACUCUGUUGCUGGUUAAUUAGUGUACAUUAUAUUUUGGGUACGCACGGUCUCAACGCAUGUGUUGAGGUCGUGCCAUUGUGUUUUACGUGUACGUGUACGUACGGUUUAUGUAUUUGUUUUUACUUUCAUACUUUCAGAGAUUAUAUAUAUGUUACUUUACUACAUUUCAUUUUUAAA